AUGAAUCAGUAUUAGAGACAACUUAAAUCAGGAGUAAAACAUUCAGCACCAGAGGGUGAAACACAAAAGUAAAAAUCUCAAGCUAAGACCAAAUAACAAAGUGAAAAUAAAAAUUUCCAAAGUACUAACGCUGCAAUUUAUUUGGGAAACGGAAAACCUGAUGAUAUUAUCACUUAACUUGAGAUUUAAGCCUAAAAAGAAGGCCUUUAAUUUACUGAUGAAUUGGUGUUUGAAAAUGGUGCAGUUUACAAAGGUUAUUUGAAAGAAUAAAUGAGACAUGGUCCAGGAUUUUAAAUUUGGCCAGAUGGAGCGAAAUAUGAAGGCUAAUGGAAGAAUAAUAAAGCAAAUGGGAAAGGAAAAUUUUGGCAUGCUGACGGAGAUGUUUAUGAGGGCGAUUGGCAAGAAGAUAAAGCCAAUGGAUAUGGAGUAUACAUCCAUGUAAAUGGAGCAAAAUAUGAGGGAAACUGGAAGAAUGACCUCCAGGAUGGCUUUGGUAUUGAAUCUUGGUCAGAUGGAAGUAAAUAUUAAGGUGAAUACAAAGAAGGCAUGAAGCAUGGAAAAGGUAAAUACAUUUGGAACGAUGGAUCAACUUAUGAUGGAUAAUGGUUUGAAAAUAAAAUUAAUGGCAGGGGACUUUAUGAAUGGCCUGAUGGAAGAAGAUUUGAUGGAGAGUGGAAAGACAAUAAUAUGCAUGGUAGAGGUCUUUACACCUGGAAAGAUGGUAGAAGAUAUGAAGGAGAAUAUUAUAAUGAUAGAAAGCAUGGCUUUGGAACUUAUACUUGGCAAGAUGGUAGACAGUACUCUGGGGAAUGGCAAAAUGGAAAGUAGCAUGGAGAAGGCUCAUACAGACAAGUAAAUGGAGCUGAGAGAAAAGGUUUAUGGGAAGACGGAAAAAGAAUCAAAUGGAUGGAUGAGGAAUGA